AUGGCGACUGAGAGUAAUGUUGAUGUGCUCAUCGUGGGCGCUGGCCCGGCCGGAAUGAUGAUGGCUACCUGGAUGGCACGGUGUGGAAUCAAGACGCGCAUUGUUGAUAAACGCGGUACCAAGAUCUUCAACGGCCAGGCUGACGGCCUGCAAUGCCGCACGCUCGAGAUCUUCGACUCAUUUGGUUUUGCCAACCGCGUAUGGAUCGAGUCCAACCACAUGAUUGAAAUUUGCUUCUGGAACCCUGACGAGUCGGGUAAGAUUGCUCGCAGUGGGCGCAUCCCAGACACUAUCCCGGGUAUCAGCCGCUUCCAGCAGGUCGUCCUCAACCAGGGCCGCAUCGAGCGCCUCUUCAUCGAUCAGAUUGAGCGUGAAAGCGACAUCCGCGUCGAGCGCGGCGUGCUGCCGACAGCGCUCAAGUUUGACGCAUCCCAAGCCGAGGACAACUCGCCCGACAACUACCCCAUCACGGUGACGCUGCGCCACCUGACCGAAGAGGAGGCCACGCCCAAGCAGGUGGCAACGUCAACCAACGGCGUGGCAGUCAGUGACGGCCUGUUUCGCAGCAACCUGGCGGCGGACGACACGGCUGACUUAAUCAAAGCGGCCGAGCUCAACGCCAAGGCCGGCGCGGUCGAGACGGUGCGCGCCAAGUACAUGCUCGGUGCCGACGGCGCACACUCGUGGGUGCGGCGCGAGUUGGGCUUUGCGCUGGAGGGCGAGAGCACAGACUACAUCUGGGGUGUCCUGGACAUUGUCCCGAUCACGGACUUCCCGGACAUCCGCAUGCGCUGCGCGAUCCACUCGGCGGAGUCGGGCAGCGUUAUGGUCAUCCCGCGCGAGAACAAACUCGUGCGGCUAUACAUCCAAAUUACCACCACCGAAAAGAACACCGACGGCUCAUCGGCAGGCUCCCGUGCGGACCGGUCCAAGAUCACGCCCGAGGUGAUCUUGCAGUCGGCCAACAAGAUUAUGGCGCCGUACACGCUGUCGUACCGUACGCUGGAUUGGUGGACGGCGUACCAGAUUGGACAGCGCGUGGGCACGCAUUUCUCGGCCAACGAGCGUAUUUUCCUAGCGGGCGAUGCCGUGCACACGCACUCGCCCAAGGCCGGCCAGGGUAUGAACGUCAGCAUGCAGGACACCUUCAACCUCGGCUGGAAGAUUGCUAGCGUGCUCAAGGGCACGGCUGACCGGUCGAUCCUCAAAUCGUACGAGGACGAGCGCAGCCUCAUCGCGCACGACCUGAUUAAAUUCGACCAUAAGUUCUCGCGGCUGUUUUCGGGCCGGCCGGCCAAGGAUGUCAUGGACGAGGAAGGCAUCAGCAUGUCUGAGUUCAAGGAGGCAUUUGCCAAGGGCAACAUGUUUGCCAGCGGCAUUGCUGUCGACUACGGCGCCAGCUGCAUUGUGGCCAAGGCGCCUGAGGCGGCGGCCACGAAUGGUGCCAACGGUGUCAACGGUGUCAACGGUGUCACGAAGAAGCCUGUGGUGAGCCGCCAGGAGCUGGCGACCGAGGUCAAGGUAGGCAUGCGCAUGCCCAGUUUCAAAGUACUGAACCAGUCGGACGCCCGGCCCUGGCACUUCCAGGAGCGCCUCCCCAGCAACGGCACUUGGCGCGUGGUGUUCUUUCCGGGUGACCUGACGAUUCCGGACCGCAGCGCGGAUCUCGAGGUCAUUGGCAAGCAGCUCGCACAACCUACGUCGUUCCUCAAGCGCUUCACGCCCAAGGACGGCCGCUACGACUCGGUGAUUGAGCUUCUCACGGUGCACUCGGGUCACCGCGAGGAGGUGAGCAUCUUCGACUUCCCAGAAGUGAUGCGGCCGUUCCACGAGGUCGACGGCUGGGACUACAACAAGAUCUUUGUGGACGACCAGUCGUACCACGAGGGCAAUGGCGACGCGUACAAGAACUACGGCAUCGACCCUGCAGUGGGCGCGGCUGUUGUGAUCCGGCCAGACCAGUACGUGUCGUACGUGGGUGCGGUAAAUGACUACACGUCGCUUGACCGGUUCUUCUCUGGUUUCAUGCUGGAACAGAAGUAG